GGGGUCCCUGGCCCCUACUUUGAAAACCACUGAUUUAGACAGGGUAACCAAAUCUACCAUGUAAGAUGGUAUGUAAGCCAGUGAAUCUUCCUGAAGGGUGGGUGUCCCACACAUGUCCCUCAGAAACAUAGUGUAGGUACCCCUUGUUCCUCUUGGAUACUUAUUAGUAGGUGGUCACCCUACUCAACAAUGAGGCAUAGAUCUACUUUCAUCGACAGAUGCCCACUACGCCUUUUCCUCCAGGACCGGUCUUCCCGCUGCCAGAGUUUGUUUUGGUCCGCUGGUUUACAAAUUAACUUUAAUAGUUUAGAGAACCCGUCUGAUACCUUACAUCACAAAUGACACAUUCACUGCAGUCGACUUCAGAGGUGGCAACAGGCGGACAGUGGAGCACAGGAGAGCUCACCAGCGCGCGCUUAUUCGGAAAUUAACUAGCCUGGUCAUGUCACUUUAUUGUUUCAAUGAAAUUGCCUUGGAUUUUUCUCGACUUCUGUCGUACAAUUACCAUAUGUGUCCUGGGUUUUAAGGAAUACACCUUUUAAGGUUUGCGUUUGAACUGGUUAUCUGACUGCGGUAGAUCUCGCUCUCAGAACGUACUUCGGAUGGAUAUGAUGUGCUCUCCUACACUUGCUCAAGGACCAACGGUGACUUAUAUGUCCCAUGUUGCCCUCGAUUGACUGUAAACUUUCCACUGGAUUUUAAAAGUGGAGAAUUGUUAUUGAUACACGACAGCAGACAAAAGCGGAAGAAGUUUGAAUUCGAGCUUGGUACACUUGGACAUGGAUACUUACGCCUUAACGGGGUUUCUUUUCAUUGCGUUGCGACUGUUGCACACAGUGCAGGCGUGUGGCGAUGAAUUCGACUUGGAGAAGAGUAGGGAGUUAUGCUUGUCCCAAGUGGAGAAUGUCACGUCAGGCUGUCUUGGGACUUGGGACAUGAUUGCCUGCUGGCCGUCUGCUCAAGUUGGACAGGUGGUCACAAUACCCUGCCCAGAGUAUUUCAGCUUUGUGUCCGGCCACCACCGAGGUAAUAUAUCAAAGAGCUGUACCUCCACAGGCUGGGUGGAUGUUAACCCCAUGUCUAUUUUCCUGAACUGUGGCUACAACCCCAACAGCAACACCAGCGAUGACGUGGAAUUUGGCAAUGUCUACUCGUCGAUUAGGAUUGGGUACACUGUUGGCCAUCUAACGUCCCUGUUGUCCCUCAUCGCAGCCAUAGUAAUACUCUGCAUCUUUAGGAAACUACAUUGCACACGAAACUACAUCCACAUUCACCUGUUCAUGUCCUUCAUCCUGAAAGCAGUGACGAUCCUUGUGAAGGAUAUGGUACUGUAUGGCACAGAUGACGAAGGCUGCUAUUCUGAAUCAGCUGGGUGCAAGGUUGCCAUGGUGUUCUUCCAGUACGGAGCCAUGGCCAGUUACUUUUGGCUGCUGGUGGAAGGACUAUACCUGCACGCUCUUCUGGCAGUCUCAUUCUUCUCCGAGAGGAAAUACUUCUGGUGGUACAUUGUCAUUGGCUGGGGAGUUCCCGCUGUCUUCAUCAUCAGCUGGAGCAUCACCAAGGCUCACCUGAAUGAUGUCGGGUGCUGGGAUUUGAUCGAUGACAAGCUGUGGCUGAUCAUCAAAGUACCUAUCCUGCUGGCCAUAUUGGUGACAUUUAUUCUCUUCAUCUGCAUCAUCCGAAUACUUCGUCAGAAGAUCAACUGCAGAGAUAUUGGCAGAAAUGAGUCAAACCAGCACACGAGACUGGCUAAAUCCACGCUGCUGUUGAUUCCCCUAUUUGGGAUCAACUUCUUAGGAUUCGCGUUCAUGCCUGAGCAUCUGGGUGGUUUUGUCAGGGCAGUCAUUGACCUGGUGCUGGGAUCAUUUCAGGGUUUUGUGGUGGCCGUCCUGUACUGCUUCCUGAAUGGAGAGGUACAGUCCGAGAUCAAGCGGAAGUGGAGGAGGUGGCACCUGCAGAGGUACCUCGACAACGACACCAAGUACCAGCAGCCCUCUCUGGCCAGCAACGGCAACAAUUUCAGUACGCAGAUCACUCUGAUGGCCAAGACCAGCCCGGCCACACGGAGAGCCAGCGCCUGCCCAGACGACCUCUCGGCCAUCUGACCAAGUGUGUAUACAGUACACAAACCCCAAACCUUGUGAGGAGAGGAAACAGUAGGCGGUUGUUGAAGUAACCGUCAUCCACAACAUUUUUUGGAGAUGUACCGCUGCCAAGCUCCUCAGAUUUUUCUCGCCAGGGUGUCUGCUGCUUGGACUGUGGACCACAAGUGCACUUGAGCGCUUUUUUUAGAAAGGGAAUUUAUCAAGAUAAGGGAAUCAGAGUGGUCCAGCUGUCUGGGAAAUCCACAGCCCAGGAUGAACUCCAGCCUAAAGGGAGAUUCAAAACCAAGCAUAGGAUCCGGAGCCGGCCUACACGGCACACAUGGACUGAGUCACACUGACUGAGAUCACCAGACAACAGAUUCACAAGAGAGACAUGUUGUCGAAGAUGCUGUGAAUGUUUUGUAGCAUAUUCCAGAUUGCCCUUGACUUGAGCACCACAGGUUUAACCUUGUUCCUUAGUUUAUAGGGAAAAGGAGGUCAAGAGAGGGGGUUUUAAUCAGUCAGUGUUCACACAAAUGCCAAGCAAAAUGGUAUGGUCCUAUUUUAGGCUCCACUUCACCUACUUUUGAUGUGUAAAUAUGUAAAUGACUUGCAUAGACCCAAACACACCCCCUAUCCUUCACGCAGAAGCCCCCUGCAGCCAGCUCUCCGGCCUCAACAGAAUGUGAACAUGCAGAUGUACUUUUUUGAUUAUCGUUCUCAUUGUUUUACAUAAUAUAGUUAUUUUUUUUAUUGUUAAGCGGGACUGUGUACAAAGUGCAUUGACAUUUCGGUGUAAGAAUUGGUGGACCUCCUUCUGUAGGGACAGAUGUUUACAGAAAAAAGCAAUGAGGAUUGUGUAAAAAUUAGUAUAUUUAAUAUUAUAUAAAUUAAUGAAUCACUGUAUUUUUUCCCUUGUGUAGGUUGUUGGUCAUCAGUUGAUGAGAUUGUGCUCAAGGUUAUUGUUAUGUUCAUUACUGGUCUUCAUUAUUUCCUAUUGUGAAGUGUUAAUUCAUAUUGCUGAAGGGGGCAUGCUCACACAUGCACCAGAUACCUCAUAGUCCAUUAUUUCCAUAAUGGAAAAACAUAGAUAACAACUAUUCAGUAGUUGCACCCACAGAACAUUCAUUCCUUGAUGGAAAUGGAAUGCAAAUAUUUUGACAGUUCACAUGUCUCUGUUGUGGAAUACCAAAUAAAUAUAUGAUCUUGAGUACUCUUUAUGGGGUGAAGGCAAUUUCCUUUUACGUGGUCCGAGGCAGGCCAAAGGCAUGGAAACAUGGCAUAGGAUGCAUGAUGGAUUCAAAGAAAAAUAAACAAGCACAAUUGGAGAACCUCCCUUAAAGAGAAAUCAUCCAUAUCUUGGCCAUCAAAACUGAUAUACAAAUUGAAACAUUUGCAUUUCACGUGGCUGCACAACACACUUGACAGCUCUGGUUUUAUAAAUUGAAAAGCUGAAUUUUUAUGAGGUUGUGGUUGUGGUUAUUACCACAGGCCAGACACUCAAAACUGAAGUAAGAAUGAGAAGGCGAUAUUGAGAAAGACUUUGGGUUUGUUUAUUCUGUGUCCCAGUGAUAACCCAUCUGCUGUGUGUCUACACUCCCUUG